AUGGCUCCGCUCCGCCGCCUCUGCCUCUGCCUCUGCCUCCCGCUGCUGCUGCCGCCGCCCGCGGCUCCGGCCCCGACCCCGGCCCCGGUGUCCCGCACCGACUGGGCCGCCUGCAGGAUCCUCUCCCGGGACCUGUCGCGGCUGCUGGCGACCGUCAAAGAACCGCACUCGGUGCUGGAGGAGAUGCAGCUGAGCGAGGAGGACCCCCAGAACUGGCCCCCCCGGAUCCACUGCAGUGACGCCUGUGACCCCCCCACGCUGGACACCAACAACACGCGCUGCCUGCACCGGAUCCUCCAGGUGCUCCAGCACUACCGGGACCUGCUGGGCUCUGACAUCUUCAGGGAGCAGCCGCAACCCCAGCUGGAGACCACGAUGGACCAGCUGCUGGGCCUCGUCCAGCAGGAGCACGGCCACCCCCCCCGGCACCCCAUGGCCCCCAGUGCCACCUGGUCUCACCAGCUGCUCCGGCACCGGGCCCUGAAGCGGCUCCGCUCCUUCGCCGCCGUCAUGAGCCGCGUCUUCACCCACAGCGCCAGCGCCCGCUGA